AUGGUUCUUAAUGGUGUUGGUGGUAGUGGUGGUGGUGGUGUUAGUAGUAUUGGUAAUAGUAGUAAUAUUGGUAUUGGUAUUGAUGGUGUUAGUACUGGUGGUGUUGGUGUUAGUGAUGUUAGUACUAACACCAUCAAUGAUGGUGUUCAUAUUAUUGGUGUUGGUAGUAUUGGUGGUGUUGAAGUUGGUAUUGAUGGUGUUGGUGGUGUUGGUAUUUGUGUUGGUGAUGGUUUUAGUAUUAGUGGUGUUGGUAUUGGUGGUGUUUGUAUUAUUUAUGUUGGUGUUAGUGGUGGUACUGGUACUGGUGAAGGUGUUAGUGGUAGUGGUGGUUGA